ACCAAUCCCUAUACAGUCAUCCGUAUAAAUAGAUAUGAAGUAGAAAAUACUAACAAGGAAGUAAAAAUCUGUUUUAAGUUAAUGUUCAAUUUUAUUAUUUAAAGGAGAAAAACAGUCUUAAAAAGUUUCAUAUUAUAAAUUAAUGGAAUUAAAUUAUGUUUGUUAUUCAUAAGAACAUUGUCGGAUUUAACCUCUGUGCCGUUUCCCGUAAUUGGUCUUAUGUAGGAGUGUUUAUAUGCAGGGUAUAACCUAUCAAUCAUAGUGACUUCAUUCGUUAAAUGGUUGUAUAAACGCAGAUGGAGACAUGAAUGAACGUAUCAAUGAUUCUACGAAUAUGCCUAAUUCUACGAGUAAUCCACGAGGUCAGUGGAGGUUUUAUACCUGUGGAGUCUCGGUGUGCCAAAACAUGUUCGAGACAGGAGAUGGGCUGGUCCUUCAACUGUGAUGGGGACAAUACCACAUGUGACUGGCAGUGUGCGGCCCAGAGGAAGGAUUGUCCAGAGGGCCUGACGUAUCACUGCGCGGCUGACUACGAGGACUUUGAACUGCAUACCGGUAAUAUCAACUACUUGGAAGAAUGUGCCCUGGAAAAGCCCUGCAAGAGAGGUGAAGAACCAAGUAUCACUUUAUACGCCAAUGGAGAAAAACUUCCCCCGAACAAAGCCAGGAUAAAUUGUAUACCUUGCUCAAACAAACUCUUCUUCAACAACAUAGACGGCAGAUUGUCCUCGUCAUAUAGCAGGUGUUUCAGGCAAAAGUUUAACAAGUGCAUUCGGGAGCGCAACAAAAUAAACUGUGGUGAGUCCUGGCUUGAACGAAAGAUGACUGACGGCUUCUGCAGGUGCGAUGCAAGGAGAGGGUUCGCUCCUGAGAAUGAAAACAUCGAAACAAAAUGUUUCUUCGCUUCUGAACUUUGUACGUUGAGGAAAUGUCCGUCUACACAGGAGCUGGCUUUAAAUUACACCUGCAUCAGCCAUUGUCCAGACGGUUACCACAGAACGGACGAUUCAGAUAAAUGUGUUGAGAGAGCAAGCGCCACAGCCAAAACGAAGACGCCAAAGACAGCUUCUUCUACAGCUGAUCAAACACACACUCAGGUUACAAUCGCCACCACAACUGAAAAUGAGAAAGUUGUCGUCAGUACAAAGAAGACAAAUGUUCUGGGUAUAGUCAUUGGAGUAGUACUUGGAACAGUUGUCGUAGGCCUUAUUGCAUGGAUAUUGAUGAAGAUCUAUUGGCACAAAGAAAUUAUUAGGAAGGAGUACAACGAAAAUGGAAGGAAAGAGGCAGCCAGAUUAAUGGUGGAAAAAGCACUCUGCCAAUACUCUUCCUGUUUAAAGUCACAGGGAGACUCGGAUGAAAACAACCAGAAUCGUGUUAAUCUUCUUACACACGUCGAACAAGAAGGCAGGGGAGUUUCUUGGAAAAGAAAAAUACCAAGUGACCGAGAACUAUGGAACGUUGCGUCGCUCAUUGGAGAAAACUGGAAAGGUUUGGGUUUAGAUCUGGGGCUCAGCAGAGUCACGAUACACCACAUUGAAUAUGACAACAAUAUAAAUGGUCAUAUUGAUGUUGUUCAUCGUAUGCUGAUAGAAUUGCGCAACUCCAGACCUGAUGCAACACUAAAUGAUUUAAAGGAAGCAAUUAUUCGGUCAGGCGUUGACUUUAACUGGGGCUCUGAAAAAAAUCAGGAGCUUUACGACGAGCGUGAUCAAAACGCUGCUUUGAAUGAUACUACAGACGAACAUGACCAAAACGCUGUCUUGAAUGAUUCUAUGGAUGAACAGGAGCCAAACGCUGUUUUCAAUGAUUAUACUGACGAACGUGGCCAAAACGCUGUCUUGAAUGAUACUACGGUCGAACGUGAGCCAAACGCUGUCUUCAACGAUUCUACGGACGAACGUGGCCAAAACACUGUCUUGAAUGAUACUACGGUCGAACGUGAGCCAAACGCUGUCUUCAACGAUUCUACGGACGAACGUGGCCGAAACGCUGUCUUGAAUGAUACUACGGUCGAACGUGAGCCAAACGCUGUUUUCAAAGAUACUACGGACGAAUGUGGCCAAAACGCUGUCUUGAAUGAUACUACGGUCGAACGUGAGCCAAACGCUGUUUUCAAAGAUACUACAGACGAACGUGGCCGAAACGCUGUCUUGAAUGAUUCUACGGUCGAGCGUGAGCCAAACGCUGUUUUCAAUGAUAGUACAGACGAACGUGGCCGAAGCGCUGUCUUGAAUGAUUCUACGGUCGAGCGUGAGCCAAACGCUGUUUUAAAUGAUACUACAGACGAACGUGGCCGAAACGCUGUCUUGAAUGAAUCUACGGUCGAGCGUGAGCCAAACGCUGUUUUAAAUGAUACUACAGACGAACGUUGCCGAAGCGCUGUCUUGAAUGAUUGUACGGUCGUGCGUGAGCCAAACGCUGUAUUCAAUGAUUCUACGGACGAACGUGGCCCAAACGCUGUCUUGAAUGAUUCUACGGAUGAGCUAGGCAUUAACGCUGUCUCGAAUGACACUACGGGCGAUGGUGACCGAAACGCUGUCUUUAUUGAUAUUGAGACGAACAGCAAUAUCGAUGUUGAAGGUGACAGCUUGUAGCAGCGGUGUCAGUACUAGCAGCAUAGUCAGUACUAGUAGCAUAGCUACUACAUCAAGGACAGAUGAAACUCAAAUGUAACACUACUUAUUAAGUUUGCAUUUGUUGUGUAUGAGUUCUUAAGUUACAAAAGUUACUGUCGCAGGUUUCGACACUAGCCGUGUCCCGGGACCCAAAGGACAGCAUUUUUUUUGGCGAGACUCAAGAGCCUUCAAGUCAGAUGUCCUAAUUGUGCCAUAUUGUUUUAGCAGAAAAAUUUAGAUAGAAACCCAAAAUAUAUAUUAAGUGCAAUCAGAAAUCAACAGUCGGAUUCUUGGAAAGUAGUAUUGGUGUCGAACAUUGUGCUGUGCAGCAAAUACACGAGUGGUCAAACACUUCUUAGAUUAUAAUUCAAAGAAGCUGCAAAUGUUGUAAAUGAUGAUGGCAAGAAUUGUUUCCAUGUACAAAAAUGAAUUCGUCAUAAUGGAUAUAUGCAAUUUUUUAAAGUGGUCGUCAUCUGCUGAUUGGCUAAUCAUGAAGAAGCAUGUGAACUAUUAGCACACAAUAUAGUUUAAUUAUAAUAAACGGAAUUUGGACAAUUCUUGAAGAAGGCAACAUUUAAACGCAGCUGUACGUUAUUCCAUUACAGCCAUGCAACCUCAGUGAUGUGUAUGUGCCCAUCGUCUUUGAGUGUAUCAAAAUGGGUCAGUCGUGGGUAUGUUGGCAUGAGUUUAUGAAACUUGCUCAAACUGGGUAAUGUUUCCUACUUUUAAGAACAAACUUCAAACAUAUAUUAAUUUGAACAAAAUGUUUUGGGCAUACUAAGUAUUGUUUUGUGACAUUUUAAAAUACAUGUUAACAGCUGUUAUUUAAAUUGUUAAUGAUGUUUGACUAUUAUUGCGAUCAUCUAUCAUCUUGUUCGCAUGGUCAGACCCUACAACACAUGAGCGAGUCCCUGUAAAUAUGUUUGUGUAUCUGCUUAUGCCUAAUCAAUUGCUUUCUGCAGUCAAACUGCGUUUAUUAAAUGAAUUCACAAUGGUAUUUUUAUAUCAGAUAUUGCUAAACAUGUGCAAUUACUGGCGAGCAUUUGUAGUAUAUGUGUAUGUGGUGUUCAUGUGUUUUUGUUUAUAUUUAUCGUUUGGGCCCUUACCUUAUGCCUCUAAAGUGGGUUUAUUUUUUUUAAUUUUCAACUACUGACAUUGUCACAUCAGUCUUCGUUGUAUAAUUGUACGCAUAUCAUUUCAGCUGUUAUAGUAGCGUCUGUAUUAAGAUAUAAGUAUACCAUUGUGUAAUUUAACUUCACAUUCAACAUUAUCCAUCAUAUUGCUUCAGCUCAAAACAAAUAAUUAUAUCAAAUUGUACAGAUAAUUCAUCUUUAGAACUUGUCUUCAUGCAUGUUUAUAUGAGUGUAUACAUACAACUUAUUGAAAAUUAUACUAUGGCUGUUAAGUUUAGGGUUAAAAUAGCUUUAACAUAGAAAGAGUAUGUUUAAACUUUUGUCAAGAAAUUCUUAGUGUUGAAAGAAUAACUCAAAUUAAUUUUGAGCAUAGAGAACUAGGUAUAACACCAUCAGGGACUAGAAGAGUUGUAAAUGUGAUGUGGUAUUGGUUCAUCAGUUUAGAAUAUAAUCAUAUCAAAUAAGUUAAACAGUUUAUACAGCCUUACAGAUAUUCAUGUACAAGACAUCCGAAAUAAUCAAAUUUAAGGCCAUCCUAAUCUUUAUGACUUUUAAUAUGACUAUAUGUUAUGUUGUUUUUGUGAUAAACUUUUAUUCUGGCAUCAUGCAUAACAUACAUUUUACAAUAUCAUAUAUUUUAUAUCAAUAAAAAAUAAGUUUAGAGGUGUCUGUUAUAUAGAUAUUACUCCAAUAUUGAUAUUGGUAUAUGUUGCACAUGAGAUGGAAAUGUUUGUUUUUCGUUUAGUUACCUAAGGAAAAAAUAAAGUUUUGUAAAAAAAGGGGCAAACAUGUUGUUUUUUUAAGUCAAAUAAGAAAAUAAAAAUCCAAUAAAGUAAGAGAUGUAAGUAAAAUAAUAAAACAUGUAAUAAAACAUGAAAGGUUACCUUGAAAAAUUAUUUCAAUUUAUAUUGAUUUGGUUCCAUUUUAGGUCAUGUAGCUGUAUUUUGCCCUUAGAUUCUGCCAAACAUCUCUCUUUUUUGUUUUCUUUGUUUGAGAUAUAUGACAAAGCUUUCAAAAGCUGGAAUAUCGUUUAUAAGUUUACAUUUAUGAAUAUAAAAUUUUGAUAAUAGGAAAA